ACUCAGACGUUUGGAUCCAGACGGCAACGGGUCUGCGCCGGGAACAGGUGACAAAGGAUUACAGGGAAAGGGCGGCUGGAAUAAUUACAAAUAAAGUCAAUAUUGGCGGACAAAUCGUUUUCCCUCUAGCACAACAUAUGAAUGGCUGCAGCAUCUUUGCGGGGAGGCCUGUGUUUCAGAUCUGACCCGGGAAUGGCCGGCAGAAUAGAGAAUCGCUCCAGGAAAAGGCAAGUUCUGUCUUUCUUUCUGUGUCUGUGUGUGUCCCUGGGGUCGUGUGAGGCGAUCCGCUAUUCUGUGCCUGAAGAGAAGAAAAGCGGGUCCCUAGUUGCUAAUAUUGCAAAGGAUUUGAAACUGGAUGCAGGAAAAUUUUCUAGUCGCAGUGCCCGGCUGAUUUCUAAAAGCAGCAAGCAAUAUUUUGAGCUGAACACACGCUCCGGCGAUGUGAUAAUAAAGGAGAAAAUAGACCGUGAGGAUCUGUGCGGACAGAGAGAUCCGUGUUUUCUGCAAUUCGAAAUUGUGUUGGAAAAUCCAUUGCAGCUGUAUAAAACGGAGGUGCAGAUAGAUGAUGUGAAUGACAAUUCCCCUAAAUUCUCUACAAAUGAAUUUAUUUUAAGAAUGCCUGAACAGAUCCCCAUAAACACCCGCUUCCCCUUGGAAAGGGCCCAAGAUUCAGACGUAGGAACAAACGGCAUCCAGAGUUACGCAAUCAGCUCCAAUGAGCACUUCAGCCUGGAUGUGCUUUCCCGGGGGGACGGCAGUAAAUACGCGGAGCUGGUAUUAGAGAAACAGUUAGAUCGGGAGGAGCAGGCGCAGUUGAUGCUGAUUCUCACAGCUGCCGAUGGGGGCCUGCCACAGAGAACCGGCACAGCCCGAAUAGGUGUUAUUGUGCUGGACAACAACGAUAACUUCCCACAGUUUAGUCAGUCGGUGUACAAGGUGCAGUUAAUGGAAAAUAGUCCUAAAGGUACUUUGGUCACGAAGGUUGAAGCCAGUGAUUUGGAUCAAGGUUCAAAUGCAGAAAUCACCUAUUCAUUCAGGCAGGUGCCUGACAAAGUCCUCAAGUUAUUUCAGCUAAAUCCGAUCACUGGCGAAAUCACUGUUUUGGAGAUAAUUGAUUUUGAAGACGCAGCAAUGUAUGAAAUAGAAAUUCAGGCCACGGAUGGCGGCGGUUUAUCUGCGCAUUGCAAAGUCAUGGUGAAAAUCGAGGAUAUGAAUGACAACGCCCCGGAAGUGACGCUGACAUCCCUCACCAGCACCAUACCCGAGGACUCGUCCCCUGAGACAGUGGUGGCCCUGUUCAGUGUGAGCGACCGAGACUCCGGGGACAAUGGCAGAACACUCUGCUCCAUUCAGGACAAUGUCCCAUUUGCUUUAAAAUCGACUCUGAAGGAUUAUUACGAGCUUGUUACACAAAAGCCCCUGGACCGAGAGAAAGUGCCUGAGUAUAACAUAACCAUCACAGCCACAGACCGGGGCACUCCCAGGCUCACCUCCGUGAGGGUCAUCCGAGUUCAGCUAUCGGAUAUUAAUGACAACCCCCCUGUAUUUAAUGAAAGUUCAUACGUCAUGUACCUGAAGGAGAACAACCCCCCGGGCCUGUUGAUUGGAACUGUCAGUGCUGCUGACCUAGACAUAGAGCAGAAUGCCAAAGUGACGUAUUCGGCAUUGCCUGUCAACAUCAGUGACCUCCCCUUCUCCUCCUCCAUCUCCAUAAACUCCGAGAACGGGAAGGUGUACGCGCUGCAGUCUCUGGAUUAUGAGCAAAGGAGGGAUUUCCAGGUUACAGUGAGAGCUGCAGAUGGCGGGUCCCCGCCACUGAGCUCUGAAGUCAUUGUCCGAGUUGUGAUAAUUGACCAAAAUGACAACGCCCCCUUCAUUUUAUACCCUCUGCAGAACAACAGCGCCCCAGCUAAUGACCUGGUUCCCAGAUCGGCGGAGGCGGGUUACGUGGUGACGAAGGUGGUGGCUGUGGAUGGAGAUUCGGGUCAGAAUUCUUGGCUUUCCUACCAGCUGCUCAAGGCCACAGACCCAAGUCUCUUCGCUGUGGGGCUCCAAACCGGGGAAGUAAAAACCAGCAGGCCUAUAACGAGCCCGGACUCUGUUAAACAGAAACUUAUCGUCCUGGUUAAAGACAACGGAGAGCCGGCCAGAUCCACCACCUCGACGCUUAAUGUGCUUCUGGUGGAUGGGUUUUCAGACACCUACAUGCAGUUACUGGAUGUACCACAAGAGGAGGAGCAGCAGGACACAUUAACCCUGUAUCUAGUCAUUUCUUUGUCUUUCAUUUCAUUCCUUUUUCUGUUUUUUGUGGUAACAAUUGUCGCCAUCCGGCUGUGCAAGACAAGGCAGUGCCGAGAUCAGUAUGUCCCAUCGUCCAGGAACUUUUACAGUGACCACAACUUCCCCACAAAUCCUGCGGAGACGAGCGGCACUGGGACUCUGCCUCAAUCUUAUUGUUAUGAGGUUUGCUUGACAACUGGGUCUGGUACCAGCGAAUUUAAAUUUCUCAGGCCGCUGGUACCAUCUCUACCAGUUGAUCCCAUCGCUGCAGGACAGUCCAUACUUGACUGUCAGAUUAACUCUCAACUAAAAGGGGAGAAAGGAUCGGUGAGAGAGGGCAGAGCUUCUGUUUCUGAAGACUCCAUACCCCGAUCUUCAGGUGAAGGCUGUAUUGUUAACAAGAUGAUAGAGAUAAAUGAGAACUGUGGUCAAAACGGUUGGCUUUCCUACCAAUAGAUGAGAACAACCAACUCUGUUCUGUUCAACUGUCAGACACCAUAAAGGAGAAAUGAGAAUCAAGAGGCUUAUCACCCUCCAAGAAACUUUCAAGAAGGUACAGGCCUUUUCUGUACAAGAUCAAGGAUAUGUAUUUCUACAUUAUAUAAUUCUUUAUUCCUGGUUUUUCAUUUAGACCUUUGUGUUUGUGAUAUGGCUAUUGAAGAAGAGCAGGAGCUCCUAUAGCAUGCUUUCUUUGUAGAUUCUACCUACCCCUUAGUGUAUUAUUAUUAGAGCUUAACGACUUUAUUUUAUCUAGAUAUAAAGGAAACAUAAUAAGUCAAACCUAAGCUUUAACAGUAAUUUAUCAUAAACCACCUUCCCUAUGAUUCUCCCUUGUGGAGAUGAUUAUGUAAUAGUGUGUUGAUUUUCUGAAAUCUCUUUUCAAUGUACAAGUUUAAUGGUCAAUGAAAAUUAAGACUAAAUUUCACUUACAAGGUAAUUAUGUAUUAACAAAUAGAAGAUGGUUAAAUUAAAGCUGCUUGGCUGCAAUGUACAUUGCAUAUUUGGUCGAGAGGUUAAGCUUUGUGUAUAUUGUAAAAUGUAUUUUUUCAAAAUGGUAGUCUUUUUUUUUAACCAUAUGAAACUAAAACUAAUAGUUAUAAAACAUUUUGAGAUCCUUGCUUAAAAGAUACUGUAGAAGUGAAGAGUAAGAUUGCAUUAGUAGUAUGUUAGUAAAAUAGGUUCAAAGUGAUACAAUAAACUUUAAACACUUUGUAGUGUGUAAUGAGUUAAGAUAAAUCCCUUUCCUUCUGUCUUCAUUUAAUUUCAUUACCAAAUAUAAUAUUUAAGUUAAAAGGAACAUGGUGUAAUUUUCCACAUUGUUUAUGAGGUUUUAAAAAUCAAGUUUCUGGUACCUAUAACACUAAUAAAAACAAUUUUUA